ACACCCAGCGUGAAGGUUGUGGAUGCAUUCGGUCGAGAAAGGAUUGACGAACUUCCGAUACCGAUUGCGAACGGGCGUGCGGGCGCAAAAGAUAUAAUUCGUUCAUCGUCAUCAGCUAAAACUCCUCGCACCCUUCGUGCCUCAAGCAAGAGCAAAAUUCGCAUCGUCGAUGCAAUGGGAAGUCGGGAAGGGAAUGUCACUGAAUCCUCAUUCGUUGAAAAUUCAUCAGUCCUACAUGACAAUACGCCCAUUUGUCGCACUGGGACCCUGUCUCAAAUACAACAAACGCUGUGGGAGUGGGCUGGUAGGCUGAUGAGUGACGAAGAUAGGCUUGCUGAUGAUCUCGCACUGAACACGACCCACCUCAAAGAGCUCGAAGAAGUUUCAAGGACAUCACGGCACGCUCAGAAUCAAUUGGCUCGGGCACUUCGUGUCGAAUCGGUGAAAGAGCACGACUUGAUGCACAAAUAUGCCAAGGAUGCCAUGGGCCGAAGCGGGCUUUUGGUAAGACAAAGUGCAUAUAUAUUUGAAAUGGUCGCGUCUUAUCAUUCUCGUAGCCGACUAUCACUGGUGGCAGCGGUUCUUUCCACCGUGAUUUGGUUUGGUUUGGAGUUAUGUUACAGAUUAUUUUCAUUCGUACAUGUCCAAGCUCUCCGUCUCUUCUGUACCGUCUAUUAUGAUCCUCUAUGUCCGGAGUUGAACCCCUUACCUGGGCACUCCCGCCAAUUCUUGCCCCCAUACCCCUCAUUCCUGUGGUCGCUCCCACAGGCGUACGAGGUCCUGAAACACGAAGGAUGGAUAGCUUUGAAAGCGGAACUACAGGGCGCUGUGCGCCGCGCCGGUGAACGUGCUUGGGAGAGCUGGACAGAACCCCCUAACGCAGGGACUUGGUCACCUACGCGAUUGUGUCGUCAAAACCUGCAAAACACUCCAGACUAUCUAGCGCACCUUACGGCCCCCGGAGUCCUUCCCUACUCUGGACUUGCGCCAUGCAACCCAUGGGGAAUGGUUGAGUUCGAAAUAUAA